AUGGUGAGCAGCACCUCGGACUGCUUACCCCAAGGACUGGCAAGUUCGAUAGACAGUACUCUCAAACUAGAAGCCGAUGCCUGCGACCCGAUAACUGCUCGUUUGAUUGAUAAGGACGAUUGUGGCCCUUGUGAUGCUGCAUCAUGGCUGGGACUGAUCGUGGAUUUCGGUUCAAGCUUCUUCCAAAUACGCAACUCUUUCAUCGGCCUUCUAGACCCUGUACUCCACACUUCCGAAUACGUCUACUCGCAUUCGUUUACGCUGUUCUCUGUUGUUUGCGCUAUGGGGUGCGGCAUAUCGGGUCGAGCAAGAGACCGGAUUCUAUACCCGACAUUGCUAUCGAUCGCAGAGGCCAAUGUAAGAUGGCCAUAG